CUCGAAGUCAACACCCCUUACAAACCGGUCGUAUGGCGUAUGACUAGUGAGGAGAAAUUUCUUUACCUAUUUAGACCUCCAGAGACGAUGCGAAUGAAGGCUGGCCUUCGUUCCACAGCUACACCCAUCGCGGAAUAGGCGCGGCGUUCGGACAUCGACCUCGAAGAUCUCGACGUGAUCGCAAGCUCCCAAGAUGGCACACAAACAACCCGACCGGCGAUUCAUUCACAAGGACCGAUUCGGUUAUAUAUUCGGCUCAUUAAAGACUCAAAACUACCAGGAUCCUGCCGCACGGGGACCUGGGUCUCAUAUAAUUCGGACACUUGCUUGGAACCCAACGGGCCAAUUAAUAGCCACUGGCUCCGCAAACCGGACAUUGCGUAUAUGGAACCCGGAACGCGCGAAUGCGAGAUACUCGACUGAGUUGCGCGGCCAUUCUGGGGGGAUAGAGAAGGUGUUGUUCAACCCUGUUCGGGAUGCUGAACUUGCCAGCUGCUCGAGUGAUGGAACAGUGCGGUUCUGGGAUGUGCGGUCGAAGACCUGUGUGAGUCGACUAGAUGUCGGUGGGGAGGCGUUCACGUUGUCAUGGUCAGCGGAUGGGAAGGUUCUUGUUGUUGGCAGGAAGGACGAUACCUUGGUUCCUGUAUCUAUCGAGAGCCCAUCAACGCCAACCGUUACGCUCAAUGGCCUGAACGGCGCAUCGAUGACCGAGAAAAACACGUCGACAUAUACACUAUUACCCUCAUACCCACAAAACACGCAAACAAACGCGACGACAUUUUCGCACCACGUCCCUACAGAAUCCGCGCCAGAACUAGACUUUCUUGCUACAACGGGCGAAGGCACGGUGAAGAUAUUCUCUUACCCGUCAUUUCAACUACAACACACCCUCAAUGCCCACAGCUCUGCCUGUUUAGCACUCUCUCUGGCGCCAACCGGCCGCUAUCUAGCCGUUGGAGGAAGCGACGCGCUGAUCUCGUUAUGGGAUACUACGGACUGGGCAUGUCGACGAACCGUGUCUAGCGAGGGCAGCGGCACCAUACGCGGAGUCAGCUGGAGCUUUGACGGACGGUUCUUGUGCGGCGCGAGUGACGAGAUCAGCUCUCAUGGCCUGGAGAUCUUUCAUGCCGAGACCGGCGAAAGCGUUCACACAAUACCUGUCAGUUCUGGUGUUCCAGCUGUGGCGUGGCAUCCUACUCGGUACUGGCUCGCGUAUUCUUUGAUGGCUGAUAGCGGAAAUGCUGGUGGGCUCAGGAUUGUUGGUGCUGCUGGCGGGGGACUGUAAACGAAGAACAGUUUAUCAAGGAUGAUUUGCAGUUGUAUUAUUUGGCUCGUUUUCUUUUUAUUCCUAUUUUUUUUUGUCUGGACAUGUAGAGGAACGAUUGCGGCUAAGUUAGGAGAUACCAUGUGAUGACUAUUUAUGAAAGAAUUAAAUUUGCUUAUCUCCUGAUCUGGUCACACAUAAUCGAUAAAGGGUGUUUAUAAAUAUAUGAUGAUCCGUUUUCGAUACAAA